AACUAAGGGCUUAUCGACAAGCCGAAGAAGAGUAAACGUAUAACUGGGCCCGGCCCGCAAACUCCUGCAUUCAGGCUUUCCCUUCUCUCCCUCGUUUCGACUUUCGACUGCAUCACCACCCUCGUCAUCGCAACAAUGGAAGAUUCUCACCAGCACGACCACCACCACCACCCCGACGACACCCAUGAUCACCCACCCUCCUCCUCCCCUCCCACCACCGGCACCUGCUGCAAGUGCGGAGGUCCUACAACCUUUGCCCCCCCUAUGCCAACCCCUAUCUUCUCCCCUCCCCCAACCUACCGCCCCAUCCGCGCCCCAGCAAUCCCCCCAGACCCCAAUUCUACCCGCGCUAUCAUCCUCUCCCCGGUUCCACAACCCCAAAAGGUUCCCAUUUUGCCGCCACCAUACGACUUCCACACCCCCACCAAGCGCAUUCACUCCCCCGAUGAUAUUCGCCGCUUCCACGACUCCUUCUCCGGCAAAAACUUCCUUGGCUUCGUCGUAGCACUCUCCGAAUCCAUCCGCGGCCGCAAAAUCUCUGAUCAGUGUCACGAAUCUCCGACCAUUCUCGCCGUGCUAUCUAUCCUCGAAACCCUAACCCUAUUCGCGGACGAAACCCCCCCUGUCCCACAAUCUGCGCGCUACGGAAACGUCGCGUAUCGCACCUGGCACGAGAAAAUGUCCAAUUCCGCAGAAUCACUGAUCUUAAAGCUCCUGCCGGAGAAUCUUCGCCCGGCGACUGUCGAACUCGUGCCUUACUUUGCUGACUCCUUCGGUAACGCGAGCCGCAUCGACUACGGCACCGGCCACGAGACGAAUUUUGCGGCGUGGCUGUACUGCCUGGCGCGGCUGGGAGUGGUCGGAGAGGAGGAUUAUCCGGCUUUAGUGGCGAGGGUGUUCGUGAAGUACUUGGAUCUCAUGAGGAAAUUGCAGUUGUUGUAUUGCUUGGAGCCUGCAGGAUCUCAUGGUGUGUGGGGGCUUGAUGAUUACCACUUUUUGCCCUUCAUAUUUGGGUCUUCGCAGUUGAUUGAUCACAAAUAUAUGAAGCCUAAGUCCAUUCAUAAUGAGGACAUCUUGGAGAAUUUCUCCAAGGAGUAUCUUUACCUUGCUUGCAUUGCCUUUGUGAAGAAGGUGAAGAAGGGGGUGUUUGCCGAGCACUCGCCCAUGUUGGAUGAUAUCAGUGGGGUGCCCAAUUGGAACAAGGUGAACGGUGGGUUGCUCAAGAUGUACAAGGCUGAGGUUCUUGAAAAGGUCCCCAUCAUGCAGCAUUUCCUCUUUGGAUCGAUAAUUAAGUGACACCUGUUUUCUGGGGAAAACGGGCAUCCAAAUUCGGAGUGGAUGCUAGAUAGUAUCAUCCAUUACGGAAAGAAAGCCAUCAUCACUGCACAAUCCAAACCAACCGGCCAUGUAGAUUGAAAGUCUAACACUUGGAGCUCCACCUCUAGAUGUUCCUUUGCCAAUGCCAAAUAAGCUGGUAUUAGCUAUAGUGGACCCUACUAUUAUAAAGGCUUUUGUAUUCCAUAUCCAUCUUUAUCUCUAGCUCAGCGGAAAAAUAUCUUGUGGCAACACCGUCUAGAGGACCCUUUUGAAUAGAAACCGAUCACCUAUCAUUUUACUGAAAAAUCCAAACUCCAGGUGAGCGACAUAGUUAGCAAAUGGUAAUCUGUAUGUAUCUAGAGCAUACCAUAAGCCAACUAUCCAAAGCGUUUAGCCUGUUAGCUGAGGGAACAUGCAAUAGCUGUAUGAUGAAUCUGACUAGAUUCAGUCAUGUAAGAGAGUGCUAUGAACUUUGAAGCGAGAGUAGUACACAGGUCCAUCUAGCGUGUGCUGAAAUUUAUUUAUUUUUAUUAGAAGAAUUAGGUUGGCAAAGUUAGAAGUAGAAAUCUAGACCACUGUCAUAGACUUUCCAAUACUGUUUCAUAGAUUAAUACUAUCCCAAAAUUUUAAACUAUAGGGUGAAAUCCUGUGAAUGAUUUUAUAUUACACUUUAGUUGCUUCAAAUGAAUAAUUUAUUUACUUCAAUAUAAAUAUAGACUUUGUACGUCAAUCUUAUAAAUCACUUUGUACAUCAAUCUUAUCACCAGUACCACACUUUCCCUUGAAUUUUUUGGGCAUAUGGGACCUAAUAGUAGUUACCAGAAUCAAUGACUUCGGAUGCACUAUAGGAUUGCCCUUGUAUAUAGUAUCCAAUACAAGAAAAUACCCAUAAUGGGUUGUGAGCAGUUUGUUCAUUUUUCUCUAAAAAAUGGACACUUGAUUUAUGUUCUGAAACACAAUUCAAAGCGUCAUUCAGAGUCUGAGAAAGUAAAUGGUUGACGGAUUCCGUAUAGAAUAUGUGUCGUCACUGUGAAACUUGAGCAUAUACUACUCCAAAUUGGAACCGCCCAAUUUAAAUCUAGAAGCCAUUCUCAAAAUAUUGAAUUAGUCUUCCAUCCCUUAUUCAAAUUGUUUCCUUGUACAAUAUAGUGUAAAGAUCAAGACAGAAGCAUAUAGCAUUAGAAUACAGUACCUGCAAGUUGGCUAACGUGCUCUGUUGUAAUCACAGCUGAGAAGCCUUUACUGUAAUGUUGGAGGGCUGCUGCCUUUGCAUUGCUGAGGCUGAAAAAUGGAAAAAAAAGUUAAACAGGAAGACUAUGCACUUAAAUGUGUUUGGUGCUGUUGAAAGUAUUAAUAACAAAGCAGAUCCCGGAGGAUGGUUCCAUUUUGGUACCUUGAGAAGAGAUAGACUGUGAAUGUGAAUAUAAUGAAUUGUGUGUUGGUUAUACAUAUGAGUAUACUUAGUUAUAAUAAAGAAGUACAAUAAUAAGGAGCAAGAACAAUAUCUAAUAAUGGGAAAUAUUUGGUGAGAUAUUUACCUAUGUAAUUAAAUCAUAUCUCUAACCGUUGUAUUUGCACUAUAUUAUCCAUAUUGUUAAUACUUAGUUUCUCAUUAAGUGCUUUA